AUGUCGAGUAAUAACCAAGAGUUCACCAAUCAGUACAUCAAUCAUAACUCUGAGCCUCUAGGUGUUAACUCGAACACUGAGAUGCCCACGGAGCCAUCGACCAACUUUUCGGAUGCGACUCGCUAUGUGCCGGAGGCCGACGCCUCGAAGGCUGAGCCCGAGCCAGUCCCGCAUGCCGCUAUGUCAACGGAGGCUGAGUCUGCUUUCAACGACAUUUUGUUCCCACCAGACUCGUACGAGAAUGGUACGUACUGGGCGGAUCUUCCUGUCGGCGAGCGUUUCCGCUUUGUGAACAGGCAGUCAAACUCGAUUUGCCGCGAGGAGCUCUGUCACAUUGGUCGUAUGAUCAAGAAGGACCCACUUAGUGUUGUAUCCAGCUAUUUCGGCACCUAUGUGGUGAAUGGUAUGGGUAUGUUUGUUGAAGGUUACACGCUGUUCUCCGUCGGUAACAUCAAGCCACUCUUCCAAAACACGGAUGCUGCCUUGCCUGGCCAGCCUAACGUGCCUGCUAAGACCAGCAAGUUCUACCAAUGCUGGAAGGAGAAGUCCAUCUGUGAUGAGGACUGGCAGAGUGCCAUCGACUACCUCGAAAUUGUCGGUAUUAUUACCGGUCAGAUUCUUGUCGGUGUUGAAGGUGACUGGGUUGGUCGUAAGUUUGGUAUGGUGCAGGAUGCUUUGAUCAUGACGCUGGGUUCGGUAAUGCUUACGUGCAUGUGGGGUAUCACCAUGAACGGUUGGGUCAUUUGCUAUGCUUGGUCUCUGUUUAUCUAUGGUAUUGGUGUGGGUGGUGAGUACCCCAUGACCUCUACGCGUGCUAUGGAGGGUAACAGUAACCGCUUUGCUUCGAUCACAGGAGACCGUCUUCACCGUGGUCGUAACGUGCUGCUGGCUUUCUUGAUGCAGGGUUGGGGUCAGUUUGUGAACCAGAGUCUUCUGAUUAUCCUUCUCUUGAUCUUCAACAACACACUCCAGACGCCCAUCAAGCCCGAUGCCGCUCAGUUCACGUUCCGUGUGUCGUUUGGCUUUAUUGCCGCUGUCACGCUUUACCUCGCGUACUACCGUUACUACAGGAUCGAGUACGCUGAGGGCGCUCUCAGAGAUGCUAAGGCACGUUUGAACACCUCUGGUUACGACAUUACUUCGCUCAAGCUUGCGCUGCACCAUUACUGGCAUCGUCUCUUUGCUUCGACCAUGGGUUGGUUCUGCAACGACUUUUUCUUCUACGGUAACAAGAUUUUCUCCAACCAGUUCAUUGACAUUAUUACUGGUAAGGCGAAAGGUGAUUCCUACAACCCUCACUCGUUUGGUACCAAGUGGCUUUACAAUCUGAUCAACGUUGGUGUCCAGAUGCCCGGUUACUACAUGGCUGCGAUUCUUGUUGACCACAAGUUCUACGGUCGUAAGUGGAUGCAGGCCAUCUCUUUCAUGGCUACCUUUGCCUUGUUCUGUGGUGCUACGUUUGCGUAUAACAGCCUGACUGACCCUAACGACAUGGGCAAGGUCAAGGCAUUCCAGUUCAUCUUCUUCUUCUCUUCGUUCUGGAACCAGUUCGGUUACAACUCGACAACCUUCCUUGUUGCUGCCGAGAUUUUCCCUGCUUCGAUCCGUGCUACUUGCCACGGUGUGGGUGCCGCUUGCGGUAAGCUUGGUGCCCUUGUUCCCACGAUUAUUUACAACUAUGUGGAAGACCACACCAAGUUCUACAUUGUCACUUGGUUCGGUCUUGCUGGUCUCAUUGUCACGCUCAUUUUCCUGCCAGACACCACGGGUCUUGACCUCCGUGAGCAGGAGCGAUACUGGGAGUAUGUCAUGUCUGGCAACCAGCAGGACUACCACGGUGUGGCUAUCCACCCGCGUCACAUUUCGCUGUACGAGCGCGUUGUGCUCAAGCGUCAUCUUCCUUACAACCCUCAGCUUGAUGCUCAGCAGAAGAUUGGCGAGUUCCGUACGGUGUACGACAGCACGAUGGCCAUGAACAGUUAUGCUGAGGAGGACCUCUCGGCUCAUCAGCGGGAUUUCCUUGCCAGUGAGUUUGGUCACAAGUAUGUGAAGGACUUUAGGCUUGCUCACCCGAACCCUGAGAGCCAUGUGUUUGACUCCAAGUUGGAGUCGCUUGAGAAGCAACUCUAA